AAGGAUUUUCUGUAACAUUCAAAAAAUAUGGGAGUUCAAGCAGCUAAAAUAAUAAAUAAAUUUAUAUAUUCUUUUUGAAUAAUUUUAAAAGUUUUAUAUAUAUAUUUAGGCUUAAUACAUGUGCGUGUCCCUGCACUUUUCAUUUUUUGCACAUAAGGUCCCUACACUCCAGCAUAUCUAUUAUAAAGCCCUACACUUCUGAAAUCAGUCGCCCGUGGUCCCUCAGUUAACAGAAGAUGGCGAGUGUCUUUCACGGACUGUUAUCUGCGAAUCUUAAGCAAACCCAUUCGUCCACCUCAUCAUACAGUUGCCACAUCACUUAGGCACAUCAGCUAUCUCAUUUAACCCAAAGUGAAAAACGCUUCAAGUGAAAAACAAAAUUAAUUGUUUAGAUUUUGCCCUAAUUCAUCUUAGAUAGAAACUGAUUUCCCCUAAAUCUAACCCUCACCCUGAAGAAAAACAAAAUUGAAGAUUCAUUUGCUGGUGAAGGUUGCAAGGAAAUUGAUAAACAGUUAGCAAUAGAAGAACCCUAAUCGACGUGAAGAUGAAAAAAAAGAGUGCAAGGAAAAAAGUUACUGCGAUUUCUGGAAAAGAAAAGGACAAAGGAAACGUUAUUGAGGUCGCACCAGGUUAGUUUUCGCAAUUGAAAGCGUUUGGGUUGUUGGGUUUUUGUAUUUUGAUUAUUUGCUGGUUGUUAGGUUAAAUGUGAAUGGGUUAAAUUUUUCUGAUUCUUAGGUUAAUUUGUAACCUGCGAAAUGCUUGUUAUGCAAAUGGUCCCCAUUGCUGUGUGUUAGGUUAAUUGUUUAGAUUUUCUUUGAUUCUUAUAGGUGGUCCCCAUUGUUGUCUGCUAGGUUAAUUUUUUAGAUUUUUAUUGCUAUUAUUGCUGGUCCCAAUUGACAUCACCUAGGUUAAUAUUUUUAUAUUUUCUUUGCUCUUAUUGCUGGUCCCCAUUUCUGUUGCUAAAGUAUGCAUUAGUGGUUGUAUGAGACCAAUUUUUAUCUGCCUUUUUUGUCUGCUUUUUGUAAGUUAAAGUAUGCAAUGUUUGUGUUUGUUUUCAUUUUUGUCUGCCAUUUUAGUCUGUUAUGGUUACAUUUUUGCUCCUGUGUUUGAGCUUGUAUUUAUAUUAUUUGUUUGUCUAUCUAGGUAAUGACAGGUUGGAGGCAAAGAUUGUCCAAAUGAUUUUAUUUUAUGGGGGUAGAAUACAGAUGAAUGAGGGUACUUUAGCUUAUGUGGGAGGGAUUCAGGAGAUAGGUGAUCCCAUGUUUAGCUUAGACAAACUUUCAUAUUUUAACAUACUGUCAUAUCUGCAUUACUUUGAGAUAGAAAAGGGGGAUUUAUAUUUGAAAUCUGAUAGGAUAGAGUUUACAAAAUUUGAGAAUGACAGAUGUGUCCUUCCCUUUUGGAAACUGCUUCUAGACAACAAAGAGAACAAAUUUUUUGUCUAUGUUGAUUAUUCAAAAAUAUUAGAUUCUCAGGGCAUACAAUCUAGCAGAGAGGGGGGUUGUGAAGCUAGUGGCAGUGUGCAAGCUGCACAGGUAAUAGAUCUUGGGGAAGACUUGACUUUUGAUGAUAUUUGCAUAGAUAUAGAAGAUCAUAGUGAUGAUGAUGAGGUAGAAUUACAGGAGGCUAGGAAAAAUGUCUUAGAAUCUAGGCAGGAUUUAGCAGGUUUGGCAAAUGCUAGGGCAGGGGAUGACAUUGAUGUACUAGGUGCUGGAGAUAACAUUGAUGAGGUGGCUGGGGAUAACAUUGAUGAGGUGGCUGGGGAUCAGAUUGAUGAGGAUUCUGGGGUUAUGGAUGAGGGUGAGGGUGAAAGGGAGGUACCUGAACCUAGGACAGAGGUGGCUGGGGAUGAAGAGGGAGAUAGUGACUCGGCAGACUUAACUUAUGAGAAUGAGAGUGUGUAUUACAGUAGUUCUGAUGUAGGUAGCCAGUUUAGUGAGAAUGAAGAUGAGUAUGGUGAUGACUCACAGAGGGAGGUGAGUAUACGGGUGCAGUUUGAUACCACUACUGAAAUUCCUCAGUUUGCAGUAGGCAUGUUUUUCAGUAACUUAGCUGAGGUUAGAGAUGCAAUAGCCAGGUAUGCAGUGAUGAAAGGGAUGUGCAUUAGUUAUGUGAAGAAUGAUCAACAAAGAGUGAGGGCUAAAUGCAUUGUUGGCUGUCCAUGGUUGAUACAAGUAAGCCCUCAUAAUGCAGACCACAACUGGACCAUUAAGACCUACAAACCUGACCAUAGAUGUACUAGAAGCAAUAGAGUGUCAUUUUGUGACAGUAAUUUCUUAGCUAAGAGGUACAAGACCAUGGUGACCAACCAACACUAUAUCAAACUUAGUGACUUUAGGUCCAUUGUCAGGAGUGAACUAAAGCAGAGUGUUAGUUUGAAUGUGUGUAGGCAUGCAAAGACCAAAAUUAUAGCUGAAUUGAUGGGUUUUUAUAGGGAGGAAUAUGCCAUGCUAAAUGACUAUGCUGAGAUUAUCUGCCAUACCAACCCAGGCACACAUUGUUUUGUCAAAUCCACUUCUGAAAACCCUGAGGGAAAACAAGAAUUCCAUAGGUUUUAUGUGUGCUUUGCUGCCUGCAAAAAGGGGUGGCUUCAGGGUUGUAGGAAAGUAAUAGGCAUAGAUGGGUGUUUUUUAAAGGGGAUUUGUAAAGGGCAGUUACUGAUAGCUGUGGGUAGAGAUGGAAACAACCAAAUGUUUCCAAUAGCUUGGGGAGUGGUGUUGGUUGAGAACAAAGACAACUGGAGUUGGUUUAUGAGGAUGAUUCAAUAUGAUCUAGAACUUGAAGAUGGAGAAGGAUUUGCAGUCAUAUCAGAUAUGCAAAAGGGUCUUGAAAGUGCUUUGAAAGACAUACUACCCAAGGCAGAACACAGAAGAUGUGCCAGGCAUGUAUAUGCUAACUGGGCCAAAAAAUGGAGGGGUGAUGAGAGAAAGAAGGAAUUUUGGAGUUGUGCAAAAGCAACUAUAGGAUCAGAUUUGAAAGUCAGACUUAAACACCUAGGGACUUUAGGGAAGGAUAUAGCAAAGGAUGCUUUAAGUUAUGACAUUGAGACAUGGUGCAAGGUGUACUUUGACACAUCAAUUAAAUGUGAUGUGGUUGAUAACAACCUAGCAGAGACAUUUAAUGGUUGGAUUUUGGAGCCUAGGUGUAAGUCUAUUAUUAGUAUGCUGGAGGAUAUAAGGAUCAAGGUGAUGAACAGGUUGUGGAACAAGAGAGAUUCCAUAAGGGGCUGGAUUUCAGAUAUUUCACCAAGAGCCCUACAAGUUAUUGAAAAGAAUAAGCUACUGUCCUUUGAGUGGGAGGUGGAAUGUAAUGGGGAUGAUGGAUUUGAGGUGGCAUGGCUUCAAGAUAGAAGGAACAAGCAUACAGUGGACCUUGUCAAGAGGACCUGCACUUGCAAGGAAUGGGACUUGACUGGGAUCCCUUGCAAGCAUAGUGUCACUGCUAUAUAUGCCAAGCGUGGCAAUCCAGAGGCCUAUGUACAUGCUUAUUACAGCAGAGACACAUAUAUGAAAGCUUAUGCUUAUACCAUCCAGCCAGUUCCUGGAAAGCAGCACUGGCUUCAGAGUGAGAAGGGAACAAUAGAGCCACCACCCUUCAAAAAACUACCUGGAAGACCCAAAAAGAAUAGGCGAAAAGAACCAUUUGAAGUAAAGAAGAAAGCCAAGCUUUCACUUCAUGGGAGAGUUAUGACAUGUGGAAUAUGCAAGGGAACUGGACAUAAUUACAGGAGCUGCCCUCAAAAAGGAACAAACACUCAGUAUAAGCCAAGGCAGAAUAAGAAGAAGCAACCACAGGCAAGCCAACCAGAGGCAACACCUUCACAGCAAAACACAAGCAGAAAAAGAAAAAGGAAUCAACCUUCUGUAGAUGCCUCCACCACUGUUGCUGCACGUGCAAAGCUAAGGUCGAGGAUAAGGCAAACUCAAUGAAUGGGAAGCAUCUUUUGUUUCUAGUAGGGAAAUUUUUGGUACUGGGCAGUGUUUAUUUUUUUGGACAGUUUUUGUAUAGGGCAGUGUUUUUGGUAUAGGGCAGUGUUUUUGGUAUAGGGCAGUGUUUUAAAUGCCCUUGUUGAUAACUUUUGUGAAAUGUGUUGAUAACAUUUCCAUAUGGCCCUUAGUAAAGCAUUGAUUUGCUUUUGAAAACACUUUUUGUAUAGAAAGGAUCUAAACAAUGUAAUUACUUUACCCUUUCAGUAAAAGCUAUAUUUUUGUGCAA